AGCAGAACUGAAGCAAGAUCCUCAGCUGCUUUGGAUGACACUGAUACCGACCUUGGUUUGUGUGGAUGGAUCCUGGUGAUCACUUCACUGUUUUUCACUAUUAUUACUUUUCCUAUAUCCAUCUGGAUGUGCGUAAAGAUUAUAAAGGAAUAUGAGCGAGCCAUCAUAUUUCGACUUGGACGCAUCCUAAAAGGGGGAGCAAAGGGACCAGGUUUGUUUUUUAUCCUGCCCUGCACAGACAGCUUCAUCAAAGUUGAUAUGAGGACCAUCUCUUUUGAUAUUCCUCCCCAGGAGAUCUUGACCAAGGACUCUGUGACGGUGAAUGUAGACGGAGUGGUUUAUUACAGAGUUCAGAAUGCCACCCUCGCGGUGGCAAAUAUCACAAAUGCUGACUCAGCCACCCGCCUUCUAGCACAGACGACUUUGAGGAAUGUUCUGGGGACCAAAAACCUUUCUCAGAUUCUCUCUGAUCGUGAAGAAAUCGCACACAGCAUGCAGGCCACACUUGAUGAUGCAACAGAUGAUUGGGGCAUUAAGGUGGAACGUGUGGAGAUCAAGGAUGUGAAAUUACCUGUCCAGCUGCAGAGAGCAAUGGCUGCAGAAGCAGAAGCUGCCCGGGAGGCGAGAGCUAAGGUCAUUGCAGCUGAGGGUGAAAUGAAUGCUUCCAGGGCCCUGAAAGAGGCAUCCAUGGUUAUUACCGAGUCCCCAGCUGCUCUUCAGCUUCGUUACUUGCAGACCUUGACCACCAUUGCUGCAGAAAAGAACUCCACCAUCGUCUUCCCAUUGCCCAUAAACAUGCUGCAGGGCAUCGUGGGUGCAAAUCGCUAGGGAGAGUGGGAGGAGAGAGCUCGGGGUGUGGGUUUGUGCUCCAGCAAAUGUUUGCAGCACUGAAUUCCUGUGUAUUAUAGCUUAUGGU